UUCCAAGUUCCAACCCAAUUAGCGUUGAGUUACAGGAACCUCCGAUAAACCCUCGAACUCAAAGGAGGAGAUAGAGAGAAACAAAAAUUGGUUGAGAACAGAGUCUGCGAUGGCCUCAUUUCUUCGUAGGAAGGAAGCUUUAAGCCGUAUUUACAAUUCUAUUCUUCAUUCAAAGCCCUCCUCUCUUCAUCGCCACCAACCAUUCAGAUCAACUUUCCCUUCUCAAUCUUCAAACAACUAUCUCUUUCGCGUCUCUGCUCACCCAUCCUUCUCCAAGGUUCAUCAGGCAUCGUUAUUUAGGAAUAUGUCUACGGUGGCUUCAAUUGGCUCGAAUAAGGAGGGCCUGAAGUUGCUUGUAACUGCUGGUCCUCGUGCUCAGAAAAUGGUCGGGAUAUGGCUCUUUGGUUCUGCUGCAUGGGUUUUCAGUAUGGUGGUUCUUGGUGGUGUUACACGUCUCACACGAUCUGGUCUUUCCAUGACUGACUGGAAGUUCACUGGGAACCUUCCCCCUUUAACAGAUGAAGAAUGGCUGCAGGAGUUUGAAAAGUAUAAGCAGUCCCCUGAAUAUAGGCGUGUUAACAAAGGCAUGAGUAUUGAAGAUUUCAAAUUUAUAUAUUGGAUGGAAUAUGCUCAUCGAAUGUGGGGAAGGGCACUGGGUAUUAUGUUUGCUUUGCCCUUUUCAUAUUUUCUUCGUAAGGGUUAUAUAACCUUACGUCUUGGACUGAGAUUGUCGACACUUUUUGCCCUUGGUGCUGGGCAGGGUUUAAUCGGCUGGUGGAUGGUAAAGAGCGGUUUAGAGGAGCCAGCAUCUGAGUAUGUUCAGCCAAGAGUAAGCCCUUAUCGUCUUGCAGCGCAUCUUACGUCGGCAUUUAUUAUAUAUUGUGGUCUUUUCUGGACUGGUCUCUCUGUUGUUAUGCCUGAACCACCUGUUGAAUCUGUGGCUUGGGCUCGUGGUGCAGCAAAAGUUAGACGAAUUGCUCUUCCUGUGAGCUUACUUGUUGGUAUUACUGCCAUUUCAGGAGCAUUUGUCGCUGGAAAUGAUGCAGGGCAUGCAUAUAACACCUUUCCAAAGAUGGGUGAUACGUGGGUACCUGAUGAUAUCUUUGACAUGAAACCACUAAUUCGAAAUUUCUUUGAAAAUACAUCCACAGUUCAGCUUGAUCAUCGUAUACUCGCCACUGCGACCUUAGUUUCAAUUGGUACCUUGUGGUGGUCGACGAGGAAAUUGGAGAUACAUCCUGCAGUUCGUUCUUUGAUCGGAAGUACAUUUGGCAUGGCCGCUCUUCAGGUCACCUUAGGCGUAUCAACGCUUCUAUCUUACGUCCCAGUUUCCCUCGGAACUGCACAUCAAGCCGGGGCAUUAACACUGUUGACCCUUGUAAUUCUUCUUAAUCACACUGUGAGGAGGCCAUCAAUGUCCCUUUUGAAGUCUCUUCCCCAAGUUGUGAAAACAGCCUAGACGAAAUUUCAAACUUUCCAGGUACACUGCUUCCGACUACAAAAUUAGGUUUAAAGUCAGAUGCAUCUGUUGAUGAUCUCGACCUUUAGGUUUUGUUUUUUGUGAUUUUUGCCAAGGAUGAAUUCAUAUUAUUCAGUGUCGGAUGUUGGGGAGAGGGGGAACAAAUUGUAUUUUGGAAUGCAUAGACAGAUAGUUUUAUUAGCUAUUCUAAACUUGUGUGCCAAUGUUUAUUAUAAUUAUUUGAUCAAUAUUUAAUGGCCCCACUUUUUUUUUUA